AUGACAAUGACCUGGCCUCCUUUCCUGUCCAUUUCAUUGUACAUUUCUGUGGUUCUGUCGGCGUGUCCUGAUGAGGAUGGGACAUUAAAGCCGUGGUCAAAAGCAGCCUCCUGGCCUAGCGGAAAGGUGCCCCAGGAGAAUGAGGAAAUAUUUCUUAAUUUCUCCGUCCUGUUAGACACGAUUCCUCCCGAGUUGUUUGCUAUUGAGAUACAAGACGGUGGCCGCCUCGUGUGGAGCAGUAACGGUGACUACAGUUUGAGAUUACGUCAUAUUCUGAUCAAGAGUGGGGGAGAAAUGCACAUAGGAAGUGAGGAAUGUCAGUUCGAAAGAAAGGCAAAGAUCACGUUAUUAGGUGAACCAGAUGAGAGGGAUAUUCCCAAACUGGGUGAGAAGUUUAUAGGGGUACUGGCAGGUGGAACACUAGAACUUCACGGCAAGGACAAGAGGUCAUGGACCAAACUGACUAAGACAGCACCCAAAUAUAACUCCACCCAUGGAGAAAUCUACAAGCACAAAGAUAACUCUCCGAUAAAGAUGAGAGGGGUCUACUUGUACCAUUUUAAUACUUCUGUACCAGAGAAUUAUGACGUGAUAAACGACAAAGCGGUGUUUGUGAAAGGAAAGAUUCAUAGGAAAAUCAGGUAUCCCUCUCAGGAUGAUGUAGAUGCGGCUGUGAAUGAACUCAUCACAUUUAUAGAUGGGAUACCCACUGGAGAUAUAUUUGCCAUUGCUACACUAAAAAACUUUCGAGGAUCUAAGAAUGUGAGCGCGCUGUAUAAUGCUCUGGACGAUUUGGGCGCCACCACCUUUAGAUCGGCAACAAAUAAUGACGCAUACGUAGCCAUCGGCAUUAAAGGCAACAAAUCGUCCGUUCUGGAAAGAUUGGGGGGAGAUUCUUCUGGAGGCGUAGAUUAUAACGAAGCUUCCAUUACAUAUGCUAUACCGGAUAUUGAACGAGAAAUAGUCGUGAUAUCUUACAACCACCACGUGAAAGAGUACCAAAGUCACACAGAAUUCAACAUCAUUAACACAUAUCUCACACGACCAGUGAUAUCGGUAUUCGAUGACGUCAUGAAUGACUGGAGUGUGGGCGAUAAAAUAUUCAUUACAUCCACUGAUUACAAAUGGGACCAAGUGGAAGAUUUCACCAUUAUAGAUUGUCCAACAUGUCCCCCUAAGUCCAUCAGGCUUGAUCACCAUCUGAGAUUUUCUCAUUACGGGGAAAUCUUUAAAAGAGUGGAUAUGCGAGCAGAAGUAGGAUUAAAGACUCGGUACAUUCAUAUAACUUCUGAGGUUUCCGAAGGAAAAAGCAAUGGGGGACAUGUGAAGUUUUUAAAGGGAUUUAAGCGCGUAGCUGUGGAGGGGACAGAGUUAACUAACCUGGGGGACCCACUGAAGUUAGGUCGAUAUCCUCUCCAUUACCAUAUGUGUUUUGACCUAGCCAAUCGCACCUUGUACCCGACUCCAUCUUAUAUAAGGCGAAACUCUAUACAUCAUACUCAGUUUCGCUGUAUAACCAUCCAUGGAACACAAUCGGCAGUUAUCGCAGACAACGUUUGUUAUGAUUGUGUCGGACAUGGGUUCUUUGUGGAGGAUGGAGGGGAGAGAAAUCUUACAUUUUACAGAAAUCUUGGUUUGGGACAGAGACAUUUUGAGGGAGCCCCUAUUAUAGGGGUUACUGGUGCCAUCCCAUCAGACAAAGAUAAAGGCCCUGCUACUUACUGGAUCACCAACCCAUUGACAACCAUGGUAAACAACGUAGCUGCCGGCGGUCAGGGCAUAGGGUUUUGGUACGUGUACCCUGUUGCACCAGUUGGACCCUCUGCAGAUAAAAACUUCAUGCAACCAGGAGAGGCGAGGAACACCAAGAUAACCAUGUUCCUGAACAAUUCCUGUCAUUCUUAUGAGACGUGUUUCUUUAUUGAUAAUGAAAUGGACGAAAACUUUACUGUUGGAGGGUACAACCGCUACCACCCAAGAAUGAAUCCUUUGGAUCCUACAUCACCACGUGUCCCUGCGGUAUUUGAGGGUCUCACAGCCAGUAAAUGUACUCGACAGAACCUGUGGAUCCGGUCGUCACCCGUUAUCGUUAAAAGAGCAUCUCUUUCAGACAGUCCAUUCGGGGCAUUCUUACUGAGAGAAGUUGCAGUAUGGCAAAUCUUUGAAGACAGUGUUAUAAUCGGACUUUCGGAUAACGUUGGUGAAAAUCUCAUUUUCAGGAAUAAGGAUACCAUUGGGUUCCGUUUCUCUAAAGGACCUAUAGUGCUUAAGAACACGUGGUUUGGUAGUUUUGAAUCAUCAUCAGAACGAAUAAGUACAGCCAUUGGCAAUCAGCAAUGUAUGAAUCAUAACGACCCAAGAAACUCCUUGGAUAAUGUCAUGUUCGACUUUGAUGAUGGACCAGGCAAACGAUUUAUGUUUCAAAACUGUACCUCAAGAUCUCCGGAUAUGGAUUCCAUAUUCGCCUUACGAGACAACAAAAAAGCCAUGACGGAUGAUGACGUCACAAUUGUUACCAAUAAACCUUUCCUGCUUACAGGAAAGUGCAAAAUCAGGUCUGGUUGGAAUGCAGCAUAUUGUCCACAUGUGUAUGGAAAGAUCUUCGUAUCGUACGAAGACCGCUUUAACAUAGAUAUGAAUGUGUACCGAACGGACGGGGUGUAUCCUAACCUACCGUCUGUACACAUGGACGAAGAGAAACAGUUUCUCCCGAUACUGGGCGGAUCCCAUAAUUACCUCGUUAAAAUCCAUGGUGCUGUACCCUCUGUGGUUACAUUUGACGCUGAAACAAUUACCAAGAGUAAGUACGCUCUUAUUGCACUUUGCGUUCCGAGAGAGGCUGAUAUUGAAUUCGAGUAUCGAAUGAAGGAUCAGAUCAAACGUAAAGUGCGUGCGGUAAACUCCCGACAGGAAGUGGUGGACGAUUACACAGUUGGUACCUAUUAUUAUGACAAAGUGACUGGAGUUAUCUUUUUUAAAAUGAUUCACGAGUUGGAAUACGAAACUGAUGAAAUAUCUCCAUGUCCCAGCAAUAUAUGUCCUCGUGGUAGAGUCAGAGUGAAGUCCGGGAAUUUAACAGAUUCUGAUUGUGUCAGCCGAUUUGCCACCGUGCAAGAGUACAUGCAAGUAUCCACGGGCACCGCCGUUCAUGAUACGUCUACUUUACGGGCAACAUCUGCUGAUCCACCAGAGACGAUCGGUCAUGGAGCGACGUAUCCCUUCUAAGAAAGCACCCGGGCGUUCGUAAUCAUGUACCAGGCUUUCUUUUGAAUUCAU